AUUGACGCGCGCUUCAUGUUUGUACAUAACGUUAUAUGAGCGUCGAGUAGUUUUACUAGGGGAGAAUUAUUCUUUACAGUUUAAGUAAGAUUUACAUAAAUCUUUGUGAUAUUUGCAACCAACCAUUCAAAGCGACGACUUUGAUUUAUUGUGUAACAAGUGUAAAUCUAGUUUGCAAAGUCCCUAAGUGCGCUCUUUGUAAACAUGCUGCUGCACAGGAAGAUUUGAGUGGGACAUUUAGAAAAGUGCGGUGAUGCCGCAGGAUCCAGCAGGCGUUUUUGUUUUGUUGGUGUGAUAGAAGAGCUGCAAUACUGAAGCCAAUAGCAGCAUGAUGCAUUAAAGGAAAGCUAAUGCAAGUACACGUCUGCUCGGCACAGACAAACUAGAGAUUUGGUUGCUAUAAGUUUCUUUCCUGUUGCCAAACACUCAUGUACUGUAUUUUCUACUUCGUGGGCUAGAAGUCUCACCUCGUCUAUCAUGGAAUCAAAUGAGUUGCUUGUGAAGAGGGAUAAAAUCCAGAGGGAGAUUUUGGCUCUAGAGAGUACUCUGGGUGCAGAAAGCAGAAUCAUAGACCUACUGUCAUCUGACAGCAGCAGUGAUGAUGAUGAAUCUGAUUACAGUGGACCUGAAGUUGAAGGAGUGGAGCGCGAUGACUUGGAAGCAGAGCGUUUGCGGAUACAGAGGGAGAUUGAAGAGUUAGAGAAUACACUUGGUGCUAAUGCAGCACUGGUCGAUGUAUUGGAUGAGAGGGAACGUGACACUGAUUCUAGUGAUGAAGACAGUGAUGAUGAUGAGUUGGAUCUUCCUCAAAAUGUGGAGACUUGCUUGCAAAUGAAUUUAGUCUAUCAGGAGGUGUUGAAAGAGAAACUAGCUGAGCUGGAAAAACUCCUCAAUGAGAAUCAACAGCAGCAGAAAGAGAUUGAGGCCCAGAUCUCUGGCCCAAGCACUUCUAGCUCCUCCGUACCAGGAAUUCCCCCUCAGAAACUAUUUCUUGGAUACUUCAUGAAGCCUUACUUCAAAGACAAACUCACUGGUCUGGGCCCUCCAGCAAAUGAAGAAACUAAAGCGAGACUGAGUCAUGGUUCCAGAACUAUUGAUGAAUUAAAAAGAUGGGACGGUUGGCAGAAAAUUUUGCUGACUGACGCAGUCGCCAAAGACACUAUGAAACGGAUGCUACAACCCAAACUAUCCAAGCUGGACUAUCUGAGUGCCAAGAUGUCUAGAGCUGAUGAUGAGGGAAAAGAAGAAUUGAAAAAACAAAACGAUUUAAUCGAGAAAGAAAUUGCAGAAAUAAGUGCCCUGAGAGACGAUCAGCUGCUGGGUAAUCGCCAUGACGAUCAUGACUGGGAGAAAAUAUCAAAUAUUGACUUUGAAGGUUUGCGACAGGCUGAGGAUUUGAAAAGGUUCUGGCAGAACUAUUUGCACCCCUCCAUUAACAAGUCAGUAUGGAAACAGGAUGAGAUUGAUGAACUGAAAAGAAUUGUGGAAGAGUACAAUUGCUGCCAUUGGGACAAAAUUGCAGAGGCUCUUGGGACAAAUAGAACGGCGUUCAUGUGCUUCCAGACUUACCAGCGCUACAUUUCAAAGACCUUCAGAAGGAAAGAGUGGACAAAAGAGGAAGAUGAGAUCCUCAGAAAACUUGUUGAAAAAAUGAAAAUUGGCAACUUCAUUCCUUACAUACAGAUGUCAUACUUCAUGGAGGGCCGUGAUGGAUCACAGCUGGCAUAUCGCUGGACAUCCGUUUUGGAUCCCUCUAUAAAGAAAGGCCCCUGGUCCAAAGAGGAGGACCAGUUGUUGCGGAAUGCUGUCGCAAAAUAUGGCACCAAAGAAUGGGGGAAAAUCAGAUUGGAAGUCCCAGGCAGGACUGACGGUGCUUGUCGUGACAGGUAUUUGGAUUGUCUUCAGCAGAAUGUGAAAAAGGGUCCUUGGAGCAAAGAGGAGGUGGAACUACUAAAAGAAAAGGUUGCAAAAUUUGGUGUUGGCAAGUGGACUAAGAUUGCCUCAGAGAUCCCAAACCGGGUUGACUGCCAGUGCCUAAACAAGUGGAAAUUACUAACACAAGCUAGUAAGAGUAAAGCGUGUCAUGGUAAAGGCAAAAAAAGACAAAGGAAGCCAACAACAGUGCCACGAAAAAGAAAAAGACAAAAAGCUUUGAAAACGAUUAAAGAGAAGAUACUCACCUCCAGCGAGGACGAAAAACAUAUAAAGUAUAUGGACAGUGAUGUUGAAUCAGAUGUUCCCUUAGUCAAAGUUCGGAAAAUACCACGAAAGGACUACGUACAGCCAGAUAUGAAGGCAUGGAUACCUGUAAAUGCAAACACAGGGGUUCAUUCUCUACAAACUGUCAGGACUGUGUGGGUCCAUCCUCCCUCCAAUGAGGAGGAGCUAGAGAAAUCCACUCUAGAAUCUGGCUCAGGCCGCAUUCCAUCAAAGAACAGCAAAUGUCCAAAAGUCACGCUCGCUUUAGUGCGCAAUACCAUCCUGAACCGCUUUGGAAACGUGGAAAGAACUUAUGUAGGUUUGAAGCCUACUGUCUUGCAGAGUCAGACUGACGAUGAGAAGGCCAUGCUCAAGGUGUCUGUGAGUGAUAUUAAACAUUUCCUGCAGUGGAAGGGAGCAUCUGUAGUUAAGAAGGAGAAAAUGACAAAUCCAAAAAAUAUUAAGAAAAGAAGGUCGGUUCAGGACAUGGCCAGCCUUAAUAAUGACCUCUUUAAAGCCAUCACCCCAUGGAUUGGUAAUGUGAUCCUGCCUGCUCCAGUGAAUGAAAACACAUUUUGUGAAGGUGAUAUUGUUGGAAUGAAAGCAGAAGACAUCGCUCUUCCAAAAACAUCAGUGUUUUCAUUUUUCCUCAAAGCUUUUCAAAUAGAUGUCAACGGUUGCAGGAAUGUCAUUGAAAUUCAGCAAAUUAUCAACAUUAAGAAGCCAAUUGCUCAAUCUAAACCAAGAACAGCGUCAGUGAUUCUUAAGGAUGCAAAACAGAAAGCUGAGCACAAGAAACCUGCAGAACCUCCUCAACAUCCACCUCCCCUGCAGCCGGUUCUUCUUAACCCUCUCCAACUGCCAGUCAGGCAAAUGACAACCCCUACUUUGAUUCAACCCAAAACUCUUGUCAUUACACAGCCAAACAAGCAGAGGGCAGUGCAGCCUUUACUAAUUAAGUCACCACCACAAGUUUUAUCACAGAUUCCUCUACCGCUAAUACAGCCGACAGCACCUGCACAAUCUGUCAUGGCCUCAACCCCCAAAUCACCAAGUACAGAGGACUCAAACAGCAUCAGAUCUGCAAAACGCAUCCGCAAACCUACUGAGAAAGUCCAAGCCCUAAUGGAAGAAGCUAAAGCUAAAGGUAGUAAAAAAGAGUCACAGAAACUAAAUCAAGGUAAACAGAAUGUUGUUUUUCCAACUAUUACAUUGCAGAUGCAGGCAGUAAACUGGAUUUUUACCCCCACCAAGUUGGUACAAGUAACUGGUCCACUUUCUGCUAAUAUCCCAAGCAACCAGACACUAAUUGUGCCAAAUAGUUCCCCCCUGAAUAACAGUAUUAGUCCAUGCAUCUCAACUAAUCUAUACCCAGCAUCAUUUGCACUGGAUGUUGCUGCUUCCUCUGUUAGUCCUGCCCUUAUCCAUUCUUCAGUCUCAAAUGCCUCCAGAGAUACCCUAAAGACUUCCUCCUCUGUGAACAUUAGCCCCAAUGGCAUCCAGAUACCUCUUUCACCUACUUCUACCUUAGUACAGAGCAAAAGUGUGCUACAUAGUGUUCAGAUGUUAUCCCCGACAACUAUCAAAGUGGACCAGAAAGGUUCACAUGUUGAAGCUACGAAGAACUCCUCAGACUUCUCUUCUGAUGAAUCCAUUGUAAGGCAAUAUCAGACAUCAACUGGUUCCAGAGUAUCUCCUGCUGUUUUCAGUGUUCUUCCAGUUCCCUUGACUGUGCCACCUUUGGCUAGUUCACCAGUCGUAUUGAAGCCAACAAAUAAUGUUGCAGUGGCAAAGUCUCCUGGUGUUACUGAAAAUGGCUGCGUUCUUGUGAGAACUAAUCAGAUGCCAACUGUCAUCCAACAGAAAAGUUUGCCUGACACAAUAUUGAGCCCCCUUUCUGCUUCUAGUAGACCAAUUGCUCCUUCACCUCAGGUUGUAGCUCAGUGUCCUCAGAUUGUGGCUUCAUCACCUCAGAUUGUGGCUUCAUCAUCUCAGAUUGUGACUCCAUCAGCUCACAUUGGGGCUCCAUCACCUCAGAUUGUGGCUUCAUUAACUCAGAUUAUGGCUCCAUCACCUCGGAUUAUGGCUCCAUCAACUCAGAUUGUGGCUCCAUCAUUUCAGAUUGUGGCUCCAUCACCUCUAAUUGCUGCUUCAUCACCUCAGUUUGUGGCUCCAUCAGUUCAGUUUGUGGCUCCAUCACCUCAGAUUGUGGCUCCAUCACCUUGGAUUGUGGCUCCAUCACCUCAGUUUGUGGCUCCAACAACUCGGAUUGUUGCUCCAUCACCUUGGAUUGUGGCUCCAACAACUCGGAUUGUUGCUCCAUCACCUUGGAUUGUGGCUCCACCUCCUCAGAUUGUGGCUUCAUCACCUCAGAUUGCAGCUCCACCACCUCAAAUUGUGGCUCCAUCAGAAGUACCUCAAAUCAUAACAUCAAGUGAACCAUUGAUCCCUCUUCCUGAUAUUCCCUCUGAUGUUGUUAGCUUUAAUCCCCACUUGAUAUUCCCUGAGCAGUCAUCUGAAGUAGAUGACUGGAUGAAUGGAAAAGGUGGAAUUCCACUACCUCAUUUAGAGAUGUCUUUGCCUUACCUUCCACCGUCUGCCGCCAGCAUCGAAACACUGACUUCUUUGCUCAAAGUUAAACAAUCACUGCUUGCAGCUGCAGUGAAUAUCCUGCCAGAUGAAUAUCAAAAUUACAGAGAGGAAGAAGAUCAAGUAGCUGCCAUCCGCAAAAUGAUUGCGUGUUCAGAUGUUAUCCCCGACAACUAUCAAAGUGGACCAGAAAGUGUUCUUCCAGUUCCCUUGACUGUGCCACCUUUGGCUAGUUCACCAGUCGUAUUGAAGCCAACAAAUAAUGUUGCAGUGGCAAAGUCUCCUGGUGUUACUGAAAAUGGCUGCGUUCUUGUGAGAACUAAUCAGAUGCCAACUGUCAUCCAACAGAAAAGUUUGCCUGACACAAUAUUGAGCCCCCUUUCUGCUUCUAGUAGACCAAUUGCUCCUUCACCUCAGGUUGUAGCUCAAUGUCCUCAGAUUGUGGCUUCAUCACCUCAGAUUGUGACUCCAUCAGCUCGCAUUGGGGCUCCAUCACCUCAGAUUGUGGCUUCAUUAACUCAGAUUAUGGCUCCAUCAACUCAGAUUGUGGCUCCAUCAUUUCAGAUUGUGGCUCCAUCACCUCUAAUUGCUGCUUCAUCACCUCAGUUUGUGGCUCCAUCAGUUCAGUUUGUGGCUCCAUCACCUCAGAUUGUGGCUCCAUCAGCUCGGAUUGUGGCUUUAUCACCUCACAUUAUGGCUCCAUCAACUCCGAUUGGGGCUCCCUCCAUCAGUUCAGAUUGCAGCUCCAUCAGCUCGGAUAGCAGCUCCAUUAGUUCAGAUUGCAGCUCCAUCACCUCAGAUUAUGGCUCCAUCACUUCAGAUUGUGGCUCCACCACCACGGACUGUGGCUCCACCACCUCAUAUUAUGGCUCCAUCACCUCAGAUUGUUGCUCCAUCACCUCAGAUUAUGGCUCCAUCACCUCCAAUUAUGGCUCCAUCACCUCAGAUUGUGGCUCCAUCAGAUCGGAUUGUGGCUCCACCACCUCAGAUUUCGGCACCAUCAGCUCGAAUUGCAGCUCCAUCAGUUCAGAUUGUGGCUCCAUCAGCUCGGGUUGUGGCUCCACCAGCUCAGAUUGCGACUCCAUCAGCUCGAAUUGCAGCUCCAUCAGCUCGAAUUGCAGCUCCAUCAGCUCGAAUUGCAGCUCCAUCAGUUCAGAUUGUGGCCCCAUCACUUCAGAUUGUGGCUCCACUACCUCGGACUGUGGCUCCAUCAGCUCGGAUUGUGGCUCCAUCAGAAAUACCUCAAAUCAGAACAUUAACUUUAAUCCUCACUUGAUAUUCCCUGAGCAGUCACCUGAAGUAGAUGACUGGAUGAAUGGAAAAGGUGGAAUUCCACUACCUCAUUUAGAGAUGUCUUUGCCUUACCUUCCGCCAUCUGCCGCCAGCAUCAAAACAUUGACUUCUUUGCUCAAAGUUAAACAAUCUCUGCUUGCGACUGCAGUGAAUAUCCUGCCAGUUGAGUAUCAAAACUAUAGAGAGGAAGAAGCUCAAAUUGUGGCUCCAUCAGCUCGGGUUGUGGCUCCACCACCUCAGAUUGUGGCUCCAUCAGUUCAGAUUGCAGCUCCAUCAGCUCGGAUAGCAGCUCCAUUAGUUCAGAUUGCAGCUCCAUCAGUUCAGAUUGUUGCUCCAUCACCUCAGAUUAUGGCUCCAUCACUUCAGAUUGUGGCUCCACCACCACGGACUGUGGCUCCACCACCUCAUAUUAUGGCUCCAUCACCUCAGAUUGUGGCUCCAUCAGAUCGGGUUGUGGCUCCACCACCUCAGAUUGUGGCUCCAUCAGUUCAGAUUGCAGCUCCAUCAGCUCGGAUAGCAGCUCCAUUAGUUCAGAUUGCAGCUCCAUCAGUUCAGAUUAUGGCUCCAUCACUUCAGAUUGUGGCUCCACCACCACGGACUGUGGCUCCACCACCUCAUAUUAUGGCUCCAUCACCUCAGAUUGUUGCUCCAUCACCUCAGAUUAUGGCUCCAUCACCUCCAAUUAUGGCUCCAUCACCUCAGAUUGUGGCUCCAUCAGAUCGGAUUGUGGCUCCACCACCUCAGAUUUCGGCACCAUCAGCUCGAAUUGCAGCUCCAUCAGUUCAGAUUGUGGCUCCAUCAGCUCGGGUUGUGGCUCCACCAGCUCAGAUUGCGACUCCAUCAGCUCGAAUUGCAGCUCCAUCAGCUCGAAUUGCAGCUCCAUCAGCUCGAAUUGCAGCUCCAUCAGCUCGAAUUGCAGCUCCAUCAGUUCAGAUUGUGGCCCCAUCACUUCAGAUUGUGGCUCCACUACCUCGGACUGUGGCUCCAUCAGCUCGGAUUGUGGCUCCAUCAGAAAUACCUCAAAUCAGAACAUUAAGUGAACCAUUGCUCCCUAUUCCUGACAUUCCCUCUGAUGUUGUUAGCUUUAAUCCUCACUUGAUAUUCCCUGAGCAGUCACCUGAAGUAGAUGACUGGAUGAAUGGAAAAGGUGGAAUUCCACUACCUCAUUUAGAGAUGUCUUUGCCUUACCUUCCGCCAUCUGCCGCCAGCAUCAAAACACUGACUUCUUUGCUCAAAGUUAAACAAUCUCUGCUUGCGACUGCAGUGAAUAUCCUGCCAGUUGAGUAUCAAAACUAUAGAGAGGAAGAAGCUCAAGUAGCUGCCAUCCGCAAAAUGAUUGCCGAAAGGUUUGCCUCAAAUCCAGCGUACCAGCUUUUGAAGGCUCGUUUCUUGUCGUGCUUUACUUUACCAGCCCUUUUGGCCACUAUAAACCCUUCUGUGAAAUAUGAGUUGCCCACCGAUAACCAUGGUGAUGAAGAUGAGGUCUUGUUAUUACAAAAGAUAAAAAAAAGGAUUCGGCCACCAGCUGCAAGGAUUGAGCUUAACACAAAUGAAAAUGAAGCAUCAGCAAAACAGUUCUCAGGAAUCAGUACAAAAAGGCAAAGGAGUCGACAUUGAGUUACAUAAGAUUCAUCAUCUGAAUGAGUACCAGUAACUUCAGAUUUGGUACAGUUCACGAUUCGUGUACAAAUGUGUACCACUAAAAAAAUCUAUAUUACAGUUAAAGGGACCAGUCAGAUAUUCAUUGCACUAAUUUUGUUUACUCCAUCCAUACGUUUUAAGAACAUUCAGUAUGUGUCCUGACAAUUUUUUGGAAAUAAAAUUAUAAAUAAGUAAGGUUGCACUGAGCUACUAUUAAAUUAUUAUAUACUUUCAUUUGUUACUGCUUUUUGAAUAUUGUUCUGUAGAAAUGUUAAAUGUUUUGUCAUUGUUUGUUU